AUGGCUCGUACCAAGCAAACGGCUCGUAAAUCUACUGGGGGUAAAGCUCCCCGCAAGCAAUUGGCCACCAAGGCUGCACGAAAAAGUGCACCAGCCACUGGCGGAGUGAAAAAACCACAUCGUUAUAGGCCUGGAACGGUUGCGCUUCGUGAGAUCCGUCGUUAUCAGAAGAGUACUGAAUUGCUGAUCAGGAAAUUACCAUUCCAACGUUUAGUCCGAGAAAUCGCACAAGAUUUCAAAACUGAUCUGAGAUUCCAAAGUUCAGCAGUCAUGGCUUUACAAGAAGCUAGCGAAGCGUACCUUGUUGGUCUGUUCGAAGAUACUAAUUUGUGCGCUAUUCACGCAAAACGUGUCACUAUUAUGCCCAAGGACAUUCAAUUGGCUCGACGUAUCAGAGGAGAACGUGCCUAA